CCAGUAGGAAAGCGAAAGAGACAACCAGCUGAAGGCGAGCGUGCGGCCAUGUUGAAUUGUAAUUUUGUUUUUAAAGAAGAGACAAAAGAGAGACAAGUCGGUGGGUUUCACGAAACUGGAAGCAGAUAGCGCUAAUCAAUUUGAGUUCGAAACAGGACAUGCUGAUUGGAUAGUUAAUGUACCUGCGCAGCCAGACGAACGAAGGGUUCCAUUAGAUACCACAGCCGUAAAGUCAACACGGGUUAUAUCAUAAACAUGCAUACAAAUAGUUUUAUAUUGUUAGGCAUACGGGGUUGGUUAUUAGGUUAAAAUCACAUUUUAAGAAGAUACAUUACAUUGUAUAAAUGGGCGGGGUUUAAGACUUUGUGGCUGUGGUAACUGGUGACGACAGUAGGAAAGCGAAAGAGACAACAAGCUAAAUGCGAGCGCGCGGCCAUGUUGAAUUGUCUUUUUUUUUUUAAAGAAGAGACAAAAGAGAGACAAGUCGGUGGUUUUCAAGAAACACAAACAGUAUCAUAAUACUUGGAACAUUUGCUUUAAUUAAGUUAACGAGAGAAGACGUCCGAUGAACAUUAAGGUAACCUGGAGUUGAAUGCAAAUGCAACUAAGGGUGUCAGCUCCACAUCUACCACAGCAAAAGCAGAGCACAACAGCAGACUGUGACUGUCCAAGUGAACAACACAAAGGGUUGGGACUAUUACCCUCAGUGUUUUGUACAAGUCAUUUUUUUGAGGUUGCCAAUAGCAAAAUUGACUCAUAAUACACCAAAAAACACACCAAGUUGAAAGACUCAAACAUAGGAAUAGUUCAUGUGAAUCAGAGGACAGUACAGGUCUGUUUGAAUGUAAAAGCACUUGAAACUCUAACAAAGAAACGUACAACCACUUCAGUCCAGGAAAAAAAGCUUAAAAGGUCUUUGAACAUAGAAACAAUAUUAAAAACUUAACAGGUUGUUGUACACAGAACUUCAGGAAAGGCAUUUUUCACCAGGAAUAAGACUGCUUCAGGAUAAUUUACUUUAGAUGUUUGAACUCUGUUGAAUUCUGAAACACGUUCACAUAGGUUUGAUUUUGAGCGGAUAUAUGAUCAAUUUAUUCAUAUAAAUGCUAAUUUCUCCCUUUUUGGGGAGCGUCUUGUAAAUAUACCAUUUUCGUAUGCCAGACUCUUCUUUUCAAGAGGUCUGUACGUAUAAGUGUAUACAUAAAUUCUUUAAAUUAGAAAUCCUGAAAAAUAGGUUUUAGGUUUUUUUUUGUGAGUUAAAUAACACAUGGACAUUAGUUCCACGAGUGGAAAAAACUAUCUCUAAGGAAACAUUGAACAAAAAAGUUUAGCUGAGUGACUAAGGAAUUGACAGACUGAAGGAAAAGCUCUCUAAGCCAUGUCUACAGCAAGAACGGAGAACCCAACAUCCAUCAUGGGACUGAACAAGCCCAAUGGGCAGUUUAGAGGACCACUCAAGCCAGUUGGACUAACAUCAGGAUCCCUGGCAACUGCCCCACAACCAGAUGCCCAACAGAAGGGAGGUAACAUUCCCCAGGGCAGUGGGGGCAUCCGGUUUGGCGACGACUGGAAGAAGUGCCUGCAGCUUCCACAGAAAGACUGCAGAUUUAGAACAUCAGAUGUGACAUCGACCAAGGGGAAUGAGUUUGAGGACUACUGCCUGAAGCGGGAGCUACUGAUGGGGAUCUUUGAGAUGGGCUGGGAGAAACCAUCUCCUGUACAGGAGGAGAGCAUCCCCAUUGCUCUGUCAGGAAGGGACAUCCUUGCCCGGGCUAAGAACGGUACCGGGAAAAGCGGAGCCUACCUCAUUCCUCUCCUGGAGAGGAUAGACCUGAAGAAGGACCACAUACAGGCCAUGGUGAUGGUUCCUACUCGGGAGUUGGCCCUGCAGGUGAGCCAGAUCAGCAUCCAGGUGAGCAAGCACAUGGGCGGGGUCAAGGUCAUGGCCACCACAGGAGGCACCAACCUGAGGGAUGACAUCAUGCGUCUGGACGAGACUGUGCAUGUGGUGAUAGCUACACCAGGCAGGAUCUUGGACCUGAUAAAGAAGGGAGUGGCCAAAGUGGAUAAAGUCCAGAUGAUGGUGAUGGAUGAGGCAGACAAGCUGCUGUCUCAGGACUUUGUGGUCCUGAUCGAAGACAUCAUUAGCUUCCUGGCUAAGGGUCGUCAGAUCCUACUCUACUCUGCCACCUUCCCCAUCAGUGUGCAGAAGUUCAUGGCGAAGCACCUUUCAAAGCCCUAUGAGAUCAACCUGAUGGAUGAGCUGACACUGAAGGGCAUCACCCAGUACUAUGCCUACGUCACUGAGAGGCAGAAAGUCCACUGCCUCAACACCCUCUUCUCCAGGCUCCAGAUCAACCAGUCCAUUAUCUUCUGUAACUCCACCCAGCGGGUUGAGCUGCUGGCCAAGAAGAUAACCCAGCUGGGCUACUCCUGCUUCUACAUCCACGCCAAGAUGAUGCAGGAGUAUAGAAACCGUGUUUUCCAUGACUUCAGAAACGGACUCUGCAGGAACUUGGUCUGCACUGAUCUGUUCACCAGGGGAAUUGACAUUCAAGCGGUGAACGUAGUGAUCAACUUUGACUUCCCCAAGAACGCUGAGACGUACCUGCAUCGCAUCGGCAGAUCAGGGAGGUUUGGUCACCUGGGUCUGGCCAUCAACCUGAUCACCUCUGAGGACCGCUUCAACCUGAAGUCCAUCGAGGACCAGCUGGUGACUGACAUUAAGCCCAUCCCCGGCAGCAUCGACAAGGGUCUGUACGUGGCGGAGUUCCACUCUGGUGACCCAGACGCAGAAGACGAGAUCAGAGGCAAGGACGGCGAGUUAAGCGCAGCAUAAAUGGAGAACAAGAGGCGUCUGGCAUUCAUCACACCAUCCCCUGCUGCGCACAGACAUUAAGUUUAGUUUCUGACUGAAUAUUUAAACAUUUCUACAGGAUGCUUUUUAUUUUUCGGAGGGGCAAAGUUUAUAGCAGUGGUCAGUUUGUUUUGUCAGUUUACAGCUGUUUUUUUUAAACAACAUGAUAUGUAUCCAACCUGCCAACUGUCAAUAAUUUUCUAAGUCUGCUGACUUUCUGUAUUGUCAGUGUAUCAUUGUAGUGGCUUCUUAUACAGUCACAUUUCAUCAUUUCCGGUUGAAAGGCCCUCCUCGCUUGUCAGGUUCAGUUCCUAUAGACUUAUUUCUGAGAAGAUGACUGUCGAGGAAACCAAAGCUGAACAUGUUGAUAGGGAAUAAUGGAUUUACUCAAAAAACCAAAAGGACCCCCUCUGCUCUAACAGCUGUCUGGGGAAUGCUAUCAUGGUGCUAUACGGUGGAAAUACGAAUAGAACUACAUUUUAAAAGUUUCUUUGUUUUUAAGUGUUCGUGCUGUGACUUUAGUCAUACAUGAAAGGCACCUACAUGAAUAGUUUGUCGCAGACGCACACUGAUGAGUAUUGAUUAGUUUACUUAUUGUUUGUUUAUAUUUUACAGCCUCCUUAGUGGGCUAUGGCACCAGACAGACUCAUAACUCUUUGGGGCAACAAAUCCCUUGGACAAGGAGAUGAUGGCAAUAGAACCUGACACGAAGAGGGCAUUGAUACAGGGCAAACAUUUUAUUUAGAUACACUGACUUACUGACCCCCCAAAUUUUUAUUUUAUUUUUAUUAUUUCUUUAGACAUGCUGAAGCCAGUCAUCUUAUUCUCUCGCUCUCUGACUCUUCUGUUCAUCUCUCACACUCUUAACUCACUCGCGUGCCUUAAUCUAACCUCCGCUCAGUGUUCAUACUGUACAUCUGAAUGGAUCUGUCUGUGUGAACCAGAGCUCCAGCUUGAAAGUUCUGUUCUAAAAAGAGCUUCUGGUAAUGUGUUCUUUAGCUCUCAAGUCAGUGCUUGUUUUCUUAGCUUCCCAGAACUCUCCUAAGUGUUUUUAAUAUGUGGAGUUGUUGAAACUGAUCUAAGGACAAUUUUGCAUCCCCUAUCCUCGUGGUUAAUAUUAGAAUUUUGGGGAUGAAAACCUGACCCUAGAACUAUCUGUAGCUUUUCAGAGACACCAGGGAGCAGAAAUGGUCACACAGGGUGGGGGACCCUAAUCUCUAACUCAAGAAGGGAUUUGUUACACUACUGGCAAUUGUCAUUGAGGAAUCAUAGCAUUUCAGUCAUAUUUUCUCACAAUUGUUAUGCAAUAUAUUUUUCCUCUUUCGUACAGCUAUAUUGGGUAGUCUGACAGAGGAAUGGUUGUGUUGAGGGAAGAUUGUCGCAGUACUGUCAUUGGCUACAGUACAGAUCUACUUUUAAAAGGAUAAAAUAUUGCCAAAUACAAUCUUAUAACGACAACCCUAACAGAUCCUACAAUCUUCAACAUUAGAGAUGUAGCAGAUGGCUGGCCUCCGCAUUGAGUUUAGCACCAGCAGAACCAAACAAGGACCAUUGUCAUGCAUUAUUUAAACAGCCUACAAUACUGAGCACUGUUUCCCCACAUCUGGCUCUGGAGUAUCCCUGUAAAUACUGGAGUUAAUUUAACUUAUUCCAUUGUCAAUUAUCCUCAAUUGAGGCACUUGAGCACUGAAAUGGGACUUAUGAUUUGAGCAUUGUCAAGUGUCUGUGUUUAACCAAUUAAUAACGUUUUAUCUCAGCACACCAGCUGCCCACAGCAACAAGCGAUAGCUUUGGGACAAGGCUAUAAAAUGGGCAAGAGAAGCAACAUUUGCCAGGGGUACUCCAGGGCUGACUAUGGUAGACUUGAUGACUUUUUUUUCUUUUUCUAUCCAACUUAUUUGGUUUGAGUAAUUGCUCCUGUUGUCUUUUUGGCAGAGGUCACCUGCUGAGCUGAAGUGGUAGGAGGAUGGCUAAGCAAAGUUUAUUCUCGUGCCAAUUGUGUCAAUGCCAGCACCUUUUUGAAGGAAUCAAAUAAAGGCCUGCUGAUUCUCCA